GUAGAAACAGGCCUGUUAAGGAGAGGCCACCGGGACUUCAGUGUCUCCUCCAUCCCAGGAGCGCAGUGGCCACUAUGGGGUCUGGGCUGCCCCUUGUCCUCCUCUUGACCCUCCUUGGCAGCUCACAUGGAACAGGGCCGGGUAUGACUUUGCAACUGAAGCUGAAGGAGUCUUUUCUGACAAAUUCCUCCUAUGAGUCCAGCUUCCUGGAAUUGCUUGAAAAGCUCUGCCUCCUCCUCCAUCUCCCUUCAGGGACCAGCGUCACCCUCCACCAUGCAAGAUCUCAACACCAUGUUGUCUGCAACACAUGACAGCCAUUGAAGCCUGUGUCCUUCUUGGCCCGGGCUUUUGGGCCGGGGAUGCAGGAGGCAGGCCCCGACCCUGUCUUUCAGCAGGCCCCCACCCUCCUGAGUGGCAAUAAAUAAAAUUCGGUAUGCUGAAUUCAA